GCUGAAACAAAAUACGGCGAAUUAAUUAGAAGCAAUUUUGCAAAUUUUGUCGGCGUCUUUAAAUCGUUGUAAUAAUUUUGUAAUAAGAUUUAAAUAAAAUAAUUACGAAAAAGGUAGAAUAUUCAUAUUCUUUGCACUCAAUGUUCUGCUUCUCAUCAGCCCAUGGUUAAGUAAAACGUAACAGGAAGAAACGCUCCAAAAUGCAAAGCUAAAACACGAAUAAGCAGAAAUGAAUAGAGUGCCACAAAAAUUUUCUAGUUGAGUUUUUUUUGGUGGCAAAGGAAAUAGCGAUCGACGUCCGACCUAGGGCAGACAAGGAAACAGUGUAGAAGAAACCCGAACUAAGGAUCUAGAAAAGUUGAGCCGCAUUGGCAUAGGUUGUAAAGUGUGGUUGUAAUUUGGAGCAAAACAUGUGUUCCUUGUAGAGUUUUGUUAUUUCGCUGCACUUGGCGUUGGCGUUGAUUCCUCGAAGGCAAAGGCAGUUUUGGUGGGGAGAAGAAGAAGAAACAGCAGCAUCAGCAGGUUAUUUUCUUAAAACUUAACAAGCGCUUGAUCUGCAGCGCCACCUUUUUGAAGGCAUUGUUGUUACACUACUGUGGCGGCUACACUAUGGAUCUCUUUGAUCAAUUAAAGACUGCCGGUGCAGUGGCCAAGGAACAUAAAAAGGAUAAAGAGGAAAAGAAGAAAAACCACUCCGAUAGCAACAAGAAUGUUGAAACUCCAAAAAAGAAUAAUUCAUUGAAACACGACAGCAAGGAUUCUGUGGAUAAGCAUAACUCUUCUUUUGAAAAGAAGAAAGAAAAGCACAAGCAUAGUCAUGAAAAAAGCGAGGAGACACCCAGUAAGAAAAAUUCCCUACAUGACAAAUCUAAGUCUUCAAGCCCCGAGAAGACGACAAGCAAGCAUCAUAAGGAAGAGAAGGAGGGUAAAAAGAAAAGCCACGAUGGCAAAACAAAACACGACAAUGGACCGCUCAAAAAUGGCAAAGAGAAUUCACAUGGCCCAGACGAUAAUGAUAGUCCGCCAAAGAAGAAAUCUAAGGUGGAUGUAACUAGUAAGGAAAGUGAAAACAAGAGUAAGACCAGCAGCGGAAAUCAUGAAAAGAAUGUAGAGAAAUUCAAUAAACAGCAUAAAACAGAGGACAUUGCUGGAAAUCAACGACGACGUGAAUCCUUGCCUUCACCCAUACCGCCGUUAAAUGCCACUAAGAAGAAGGCCAACAAAUCUCGCAGCUUGUCACCACCCAAAAGUAUUCCGCCGGCCUUUGCAAAACAGCUCAAAGUUAAAUUGGAAAGAACGAAACUUGAAGAUUACUCACCAGUUAAGGGCGAUAAUCUUGGUUCUCCAGUUAAAACGGAAGAACUCAAAAAGAAAACACCCACAAAGGCACAACAAAAACUUUUCGAACCAUCUAUUGGACAGAAGAAAUCUAAGAAGAAGCUAAAAGUUAAGCGAUGUGUGGUACGAAUACAUCGUGAUAAUUUGAAAAAGCUGAUGAAGGAGUUUAAAAAGUCAACAGCUCACACACCAACUGGAGCAAAUAAACAGGAUGGUUCACCAUCUACAAAGAAAGGCAAACCGAAUGCCACGGCUUUGCCUAAAACAAAAACUGGUUUUUUCAUUAAGAUAACCACACCAUCGAAGACGGAGAAAAAAUCAAAAUUAUCCAAAUCCAAUUCAUCGUCAUCCUCGUCUUCAUCAUCCUCUUCCUUUUCGAAAUCUUCGUCCCUGUCAUCUUCAACCGUGGCCCAACAUAAUAAAAUUAAAAAUUCCAAAUCAUCCACAACAACGCCAACAAAAUUUUCACGCACUCAUCUUAUCAAGACCUUUGGAAAGCAGUGGUUCAAUUGUCAUGUGCGUGUUAAGAAAUGCAAUCAUCCCAUUGCACAAACAUUUGUCUCCAAGUCCCGCGCCCGACAUCAACUUACCAACAAGAGUAAAAGGAAAAAUCUUUCCGUCUCCUUCCGCGAUGAGGUAGAAGUAUUGGGUACAUCCUCUGAUUCGGAUUCAGAUGAUUCACGUGAUGAGAAUUUCUGUGCUACAGCUAUACCCGCCAAUUUGGGAUCUACGCCUGUCCGAAAUAGUAGCCGACGCUCCAGUACAUUAAAUGCCCCAUUGAUAGUACCCACCACACCGCUGCCUGCUCGCCUAAAGAAAUUGGAAAAUGGUCGUGUGGUCGAUGAUAUUGUGUUGGAUCCUUCGCUCUUUCUGGGCCCUGAAAACAUCAUAGCCAGUACCCCCUUUAGUCCGGGACGUAAGAAGCGCGAACACAAGAAGUCGUUUAGCCCUCUGAAAGACGAGGAAGCACAAAGUCCCCGCAAAGAACAGUUGAAACGAGCCAAUGAACGAGUACCACCAACUGGUCUUCGGCGUUUAAAUAUUGAUGAUGACGAUGAAGACGACGAAGAGGAAGAUGAUGAUUGUGAAUAUAUUGUACCUAUUGAUAUGCCCGAACGACGGGCAUCACGUACAAGUUCCACAAACACAGCUUGCGACACGGGCCCCAGUGUCAUACCACCCACAUUUGAUGAUGACGUGGUACCCUAUACUUCAUCAUCGAUUUUUACACAAAUCGAUGAGGCAAUAACAUUAGCCAAAGGCCUAGUAUCACCGGUAACUGCAACAACCCCCAAUCCAGAUUCAAAUGAAAAUAAAUUGAAUGACAAUGAUAACAAUAAUAAAAUAACAACCAACAAUUCAAACAAUACAUCGGAUAAUACAGAAUCUCAUGAUAGUUUUGUUUCGGCUAAAAAUCAACCAGAUGAAUCAUUAUCGCCGCCAUUAUUUAAUGAUGCCGCCGCUAAUCUUGAAAGCGCAAAUGCAGCACCAGGUGUGCCGCCACAAACGAAAAGCGCCGCAACAACAAAUGGUAAUAUUAAGAAAACUUUAGAAGAUGGGGAUGUAUGUAUGACUGAUAUACCUUUGAAUUUAUUCACUGAAGACUCGCAAACAAAUGAGGAUGCCCCAGAGAAGAAUUAUGUUGAUAAUAUCAUAAAUGAAUUGGGCAGUGAUAUAGGCAAUGAUGACAGCUCAGCUAUGUAAAUGAAGAAAGGUGAUGGCUUUGUAUGUAUCGGAAUUGUUGCGAUAUAAUUCGCCUACCAUUCUCCUAGGAAAAAACCGCAGUGUAUUUUUUUCUAUAAAUAAUUUUUUUGGAUACUUUUUUUCUUUACAAAUUUUGUUAUAAACAAUUUGCAAUUUACUAAUAUUUUGUUCUAUACAUUGUUUUGUAGUUAACAAUUUGAUUUGUUGUGAAAAUUAAAAAAAAAAAAAAAACAUUGUGAAACCACUCCGUGAAAAUUACGCUCACAAAAUAAGAUUGUAAACUAAAUGACAUUAGGUUAUGACAUAUUUCUUAAUAUUAUUAAUUUUUCAUGCAAUUAAUGUUUGCAGCAAUAGAUUCUAAAAAAAAAAAAUCACCCUAACAAUAGAAAUUAUAAUGAUAACGAAAAAACAUUACCCAAUUUAAAAUUUACUUUUUUUUCUAUUUUUUCGUUUUGUAAACAACCUUUUGCCAUUUGUGAAAAUGUGCUACACAAGACAAAGGAAUUGUCGAAAACAAACAAAACGUAAUCUUAUUUUAAUAAUUUUUUUUUUUCUAAUAGAAAAAAAGCUUUAAGUACUCAUUUUUUCCUUCUAUAUUAAGGCCAAUAGCUUAGAACUACUGCUCCAUAUCUUAAUUUUUUUCUUUUCAUUAAUUAUUUUUUUUUAAAUGAUGAUGUUUUUCAUUUAUUUCCUAUUGCAAAUAAUAAUAAUAAUAAUAGUAAUUAUGUAUCAUUUGUCAUUAUCAAGUACAUAAUAUGUAUGUAUUUACCAAUUGUCAACACAGCAUAUAAACAUAAUAAAUAUUCAGACGAAGAAAAAACAAAAACAACUGUAUAAGAGACACAACACAACAUAUGAAAUAAAUUUAUUAAUUUUCAUGUCUUUAGAAAUAAGA